AAAGGUAGAAAAUCAGCCAAGAAAAGAAAUACAAAUGAAGUGGCUGACACAAAAGGUGAUAGUGUGGAUGAAGUUGGUGGCAAAAUGUCGCUGAUGAAAUUACAAAAUGAGAUGAGACUCAAGAAUAUGCUUAUCCCAAAUGACGUAAUUGCUUUACAAUCAUGCAUUGGACAAGGUGAAUAUGGGGUUGUAUACAAGGCUAUUCUCAGGGAG